CAGGAACGGGGCUACCUCUUUAAAGCAGAGGGGUGUGCUGCAGCCGUGAGGGAACCAGCUGCAGUCGUGGUAAUCUGGGGAGGCAGCUCCCCACCCCCUGCCACCCCCUCCCUGCUGUCAGGAGAGGAUUAGAGGAGAGGCCAGCGGAUUAAAGGGGUUCAUGUUGCCACAGCCUCUCCCCCAGUCCGUCUCCCGAGGCCUGCUGGCUAGGUGGGGCGACUCUUCUGUGAGCUGCAGCUGUGGGGCAGAGAGAAGCCCUCCCCACCCAGGACUGAGAGGCUGGAGACCCCAGGCUCGCCAGGGCCCAGAAGACAAAGGCUUGGGGCGUCCCUGGGGUCUGGGAGGCAGGCAGACAGAGCUCAUGGUCUGUGGCUGCUCUGCCCUCCUUCCCCUCCCCAACCCCAGGCCCACCAUGCCGGCAACCCCCAACUUCCACGCAAAUCUCAGCUCCACCAGCUGCUGGAUUCCCCGCCAGCCAAUGCCCGUGGCCUGGGCCUUUGUGCAGAAGACCUCGGCCCUCCUGUGGCUGCUGCUCCUGGGCACCUCCCUGUCCUCUACCUGGGGGCAGGCCAAGAUUCCUCUGGAAACAGUGAAGCUAUGGGCUGACACCUUCGGCGGGGACCUGUAUAACACUUUGACCAAAUACUCGGGCUCCCUCUUGCUGCAGAAGAAGUACAAGGAUGUGGAGUCCAGUCUGAAGAUCGAGGAGGUGGAUGGCUUGGAGCUGGUGAGGAAGUUCUCAGAGGACAUGGAGAACAUGCUGCGGAGGAAAGUCGAGGCCGUCCAGAAUCUGGUGGAGGCUGCCGAGGAGGCCGACCUGAACCACGAAUUCAACGAAUCCCUGGUGUUCGACUAUUACAACUCGGUCCUGAUCAAUGAGAGGGACGAGAAAGGCAACUUCGUGGAGCUGGGCGCCGAGUUCCUCCUGGAGUCCAAUGCGCACUUCAGCAACCUGCCGGUGAACACCUCCAUCAGCAGCGUGCAGCUGCCCACAAACGUGUACAACAAAGACCCAGAUAUUUUAAAUGGAGUCUACAUGUCUGAAGCCUUGAAUGCUGUCUUUGUGGAGAACUUCCAGAGAGACCCAACGUUGACCUGGCAAUAUUUUGGCAGUGCAACUGGAUUCUUCAGGAUCUAUCCAGGUAUAAAAUGGACACCUGAUGAGAAUGGAGUCAUUACCUUUGACUGCCGAAACCGUGGCUGGUACAUUCAAGCUGCUACUUCUCCCAAGGACAUAGUGAUUUUGGUGGACGUGAGUGGCAGUAUGAAGGGGCUGAGGAUGACUAUUGCCAAGCACACCAUCACCACUAUCUUGGACACCCUGGGGGAGAAUGACUUUGUUAAUAUCAUUGCGUACAAUGACUACGUCCAUUACAUCGAGCCUUGUUUUAAAGGGAUCCUCGUCCAGGCGGACCGAGACAAUCGAGAGCAUUUCAAACUGCUGGUGGAGGAGCUGAUGGUCAAAGGUGUGGGGGUCGUGGACCAAGCCCUGAGAGAGGCCUUCCAGAUCCUGAAGCAGUUCCAAGAGGCCAAGCAAGGAAGCCUCUGCAACCAGGCCGUCAUGCUGAUCAGUGACGGUGCCGUGGAGGACUACGAGCCAGUGUUUGAGAAGUAUAACUGGCCAGACUGUAAGGUCCGAGUUUUCACUUACCUCAUUGGGAGAGAAGUGUCUUUUGCUGACCGCAUGAAGUGGAUCGCAUGCAACAACAAAGGCUACUACACGCAGAUCUCAACGCUGGCGGACACCCAGGAGAACGUGAUGGAAUACCUGCACGUGCUCAGCCGCCCCAUGGUCAUCAACCACGACCACGACAUCAUCUGGACAGAGGCCUACAUGGACAGCAAGCUCCUCAGCUCGCAGGCUCAGAGCCUAAUGCUACUCACCACUGUGGCCAUGCCAGUCUUCAGCAAGAAGAACGAAACGCGAUCCCAUGGCAUUCUCCUGGGUGUGGUGGGCUCAGAUGUGGCCCUGAGAGAGCUGAUGAAGCUGGCGCCCCGGUACAAGCUUGGAGUGCACGGAUACGCCUUUCUGAACACCAACAAUGGCUACAUCCUCUCCCAUCCUGACCUCCGACCCCUGUACAGAGAGGGGAAGAAGCUGAAACCCAAACCUAACUACAACAGUGUGGAUCUCUCCGAAGUGGAGUGGGAAGACCAGGCUGAAUCUCUGAGAACAGCCAUGAUCAAUAGGGAAACAGGUACUCUCUCGAUGGACGUGAAGGUUCCGAUGGAUAAAGGGAAGCGAGUUCUUUUCCUGACCAAUGACUACUUCUUCACGGACAUCAGUGACACCCCUUUCAGUUUGGGGGUGGUGCUGUCCCGGGGCCACGGAGAAUACAUCCUUUUGGGGAACACGUCUGUGGAAGAAGGCCUGCAUGACUUGCUUCACCCAGACCUGGCCCUGGCCAGUGACUGGAUCUACUGCAUCACAGAUAUUGACCCGGACCACCGGAAGCUCAGCCAGCUAGAGGCUGUGAUCCGCUUCCUCACCAGGGAGGACGCAGAUCUGGAGUGUGACGAGGAGCUGGUCCGGGAGGUGCUGUUUGACGCGGUGGUGACAGCCCCCAUGGAAGCCUACUGGACAGCGCUGGCCCUCAACAUCUCCGAAGAGGCUGAGCAGGUGGUGGACAUGGCCUUCCUGGGCACCCGGGCUGGACUCCUGAGAAGCAGCUUGUUUGUGGGCUCCGAGAAGGUCUCCGACAGGAAGUUCCUGACGCCUGAAGACGAGGCCAGUGUGUUCACCCUGGACAGCUUCCCACUGUGGUACCGCCAGGCCUCAGAGCAUCCUGCUGGCAGCUUCGUCUUCAACCUCCGCUGGGCAGAAGGACCAGAAAGUACGGGUGAGCCCACGGUGGUGACGGCAAGCACAGCUGUGGCGGUGACCGUGGACAAGAAGACAGCCAUUGCUGCAGCCGUGGGCGUCCAAAUGAAGCUGGAAUUCCUCCAGCGCAAAUUCUGGGCGGCAACACGGCAGUGCAGCACUGUGGACGGGCCGUGCACACAGAGCUGUGAGGACAGUGAUCUGGACUGCUUCGUCAUCGACAACAAUGGGUUCAUUCUGAUCUCCAAGAGGUCCCAUGAGACGGGAAGAUUUCUGGGGGAGGUGGAUGGUGCUGUCAUGACCCAGCUGCUCAGCAUGGGGGUGUUCAGCCAAGUGACCAUGUAUGACUAUCAGGCCAUGUGCAAACCCUCAAGUCACCACCACAGCGCGGCCCAGCCCCUGGUCAGCCCAAUUUCUGCCUUCUUGACGGCGACCAGGUGGCUGCUGCAGGAGCUGGUGCUGUUCCUGCUGGAGUGGAGCGUCUGGGGCUCCUGGUACGACAGAGGGGCUGAGGCCAAAAGUGUCUUCCAUCACUCCCACAAACAGAAGAAGCAGGACCAGCUGCAGCCCUGCGACACCGAGUACCCCGUGUUCGUGUACCAGCCGGCCAUCCGGGAGGCCAACGGGAUCAUCGAGUGCGGGCCCUGCCAGAAGGUAUUUGUGGUGCAACAGAUUCCCAACAGUAACCUCCUCCUCCUCGUGACAGACCCCACCUGUGACUGCAGCAUCUUCCCGCCAGUGCUGCAGGAGGCCACAGAAGUCAAAUAUAAUGCCUCUGUCAAAUGUGAGCGGAUGCGCUCCCAGAAGCUCCGCAGGCGACCAGACUCCUGCCACGCCUUCCAUCCAGAGGAGAAUGCCCAGGACUGCGGCGGCGCCUCGGACACCUCAGCCUCGCUGCCCCUACUCCUGCUGCCUCUGUGUGUCUGGGGGCUACUGCCCCACCUCCUGCGGUGACACCACCUAGCCUGACCUGUGUUUUGGCAAGGGGAUCCUUCCAGAGCCAUUCCAAAAAGUCAGCACGGACAUGGGAUGCAGCUAACUGCAGUCGGGUCACCCCCAGGCCAAUGCUCCUCUCAAUCCUGGGCUGGUGGCCUCCAGAGAAUGCUUGUUGGAACAAGAAACCAAUCCCCUGGCACCACUUUCAAGACGCUUCAUGGUGCCCGGUACCAUCCGCCCUAGGUCUCAAAAUGAGCAUACUUCUAACCUAACCUUCCUGUCUCCUCUUCGGGAAGCCAGCGUGAGCUCAGCUUGGAACAAGACGAAAUAACUUAGUUCCCCUGUACUCCCGACUCCAGACCCAGCCUGACCCUUUCUGUCAGAGGGGUCUCUGGUAGAACCUAAGGACUUCCGGGCACUGACAAAAAGCAGCAGAAUGAGGCCAAAUGCAGAGAGGAGGCUAAAGCAAGAACGUGCCCCAACUAAAGCAUAGAUUCCCCAAAGUGAGGGUCAGGGUGGAAGGCAGCUCACUUUCCUAGCUGAUGCUCAAAAAGGUUUUGACUGUGUUGGGGUGGGGGUUGGGUAAGGGAAUGGUCAAGACUGAGAAAGGAAUGAAAUCCGUUCAGGAAAUAUCGACAGGGCUGCAUGUGAUGUCCCCGAACUGCUACUAUUGAAGAACUUCCCAAAACUUCUUUACAAAGCCCUAAAGGAAAGUUUGCGUCUAUGAAAAGCCAACAGGCUGAGCCAUCCAAUUGCUGCAUGGAAAUUGAUGUACAUUCCGGGGACGGCAAAAACAGCUGUCAAAUAGUGAAAAAGAGCAGUCAUUGUGCUCUUUUUCUGGCCAAUGAUUUACAAAAGAAUCUACUUGACUCUGUCCCCGGAGUGAAAUCCUUAGGGUUGGAACUUGUGGGAACAUUCCAACUUGCUAAGCAGGGUCCACUGAGAGGGAAGGUCUAUCGGGGAACUCACCCCCAGCGCACACACAUCUCCCCCAGGGUCCCAAGGCCCUGCCGCUUCCUCCCGCCACCAAACCCCAAGACCUGGAUCCCAGGUGACAACAGUCUCCACAGUGAGAGCAACAUUAAGGGCAAAACCAUGGAGAAAUUUGGGAGAGGCCUAAAAUCUUUCCGUUUAACAAACUCCUGUGAUGGGCAUGGAUAGUAUGCAGGGAUUUGGGGGCCCUUCCCCCUGCUCCUCCAUCACCCUCAGCCUCCACACUUCAAAGUACAAGCUGUUCAAGUUUCCUACCAGCAAAUAGCCCUAACUUGCCUCUAGAGUAGGCCAAAUGCCAACUCUGUAAAACACACUUACAUUGUAGGUUACAGAAUGUCACUUAGUCAUGUCUUGCAACAACCCUGUGAGGGCGGUAGUAAUGCCCCCUUACAGCAGAAGACACUGCAGCUUGGAGAAGCCAGCUUAAGUGGCAGAAUAAUGCUAGAACAGCUAAGGUUUACACGUACCGAAUAACAUAUUUCAGCUCAUUCCAUCCUCACAACAGCCUCCUGAAAGUGGGUACGUCCCAUAUUAUAGAAACUGCAGCAGAGUUGAAAAUUGCCUCCAAAUUAUUGGAAGAGUAUUGUGAAGAUUGAAUGUGAUAUAUUCACGUAACAUGCAUGAAACUGCCUGGCCUAUAGUAAACGCUAAAUAAAUACAUGCUAACUGCUAUCGUUA